UAAUAUUAGUGCAGAACACUGUACCUUUAAUUUAAAUGCCCUUGGAGUCUGCUGGGGAAGAGAAAUAAUACUGUCAGUCAGUAUGACAUGCAGAUGAGUGCCGUCGAUCUUAGAAUCACCGCACACUUCACUCAUUUGGCCAGUCACGGGGCCAAAACCAGUGUUUGGAGCCACAGUGUGGCGGUGGAGGCAGCAGCAAUGGGAGGCCAUACAGCAACCUAUGACAAAAUGGAAACCAGCAGGAGUGUGAGGAGACCUCAAAGUGGCACAUGGCAGAGGGUGGGCGAUGGAGACAGCAGCAAUGGGAGGCCGUAAAGGGGGCC